GCCUGUCCUGCGCCCCGCGCCCUGGGGCGGGCCCUUGCUGGCCACGGCGCUCGCCUCUCAGCGCUCUGAGGAGCGUCGGGACAGAGGCGGGGUGGGGCGCGGUUAAAAAGCGCCGCAGGUGGGGGGCCGGCCGACUGCAGGUUGCAGACACCGGCCAGUCCGCCCGACCCGCCGCAGCGAGGGCGCAGCUACGCCCGGAACUCAGCACCGGGACCCGCGCCCAGACCCACAGCGCUGCGAGAAGGUAAGCAGGACUGGGUGCGGAGUGAUUGCGGCCUCUCCGUGAAGGAGUGCCCAUCCCGGGAGAAGCCCAGAGGAGGGUCGGCAGCCUGUUGCCCUCAUCUCCCAGUCGCCCGGCUGGCGACCGCUCCAUGCAGGCCCUAUAGCCACCGAGUGGGUGUCAGCGCGCGACCUUAUCAUCCAGGAUCCGCAUCCUCCCGGGUCCCCUGAGCACCGGAGGAACCAGGACAGACUGGUUUGUCUUAUACCGCAGAUGGUCCCCUUUGACCUGCACAACAAGUUUAUGAAUGCAUCAAACUGCGUGACCGGAUGGCGACCGGUGCCCCUUUCCCCAAUUCCUUUGCUGCGUUUGGGCUUGUCUUCUGACAAAGUCCCGCUCAGAUCUGGGGAACAGAAAACCAGGAGACGCCUGGCCAGUCCAUAAGUCCACGUAGAACUGACCCGUAUGGCUGUGUGAUGUGAACCUGAGGAACUUGUGAAACGCAGAUGACAAUAAUACAAUUACUGGGCAACAGUAAUUGUCAUUGGUGACACAUCUCAGUUAAAAGGUGGAGGCACCAGAAGGUACUUCCUGUUGGGAGAACAGUCAGUCCCGCCAUUGCGUGCCUUUUUGACUGGGCUGCUCUCCCUUCUUGGAGAGCAGGACUGAGUCUGAGGAAUAAACCAACACAAUGGAUUGGGGUACCCUGCACACUUUCAUCGGGGGUGUGAACAAACACUCCACCAGCAUUGGGAAGGUGUGGAUCACUGUCAUCUUCAUCUUUCGUGUCAUGAUCCUCGUGGUGGCUGCUCAGGAAGUCUGGGGAGAUGAGCAGGAAGACUUUGUCUGCAACACUCUGCAACCAGGGUGCAAAAAUGUGUGCUAUGACCACUUUUUCCCAGUGUCCCACAUCCGACUGUGGGCCCUGCAACUCAUCUUCGUCUCCACCCCUGCCCUACUUGUGGCAAUGCACGUUGCCUACUACCGACAUGAGGCUGCCCGCAAAUUCAGACGAGGAGAGAAGAGAAAUGAAUUCAAAGACUUGGAAGACAUUAAGAAGCAGAAGGUUCGGAUCGAGGGAGCCCUGUGGUGGACGUACACCAGCAGCAUCUUUUUCCGAAUCAUCUUUGAAGCCUCCUUUAUGUAUGUGUUUUACUUCCUGUACAAUGGGUACCACCUGCCCUGGGUGUUGAAGUGUGGGAUUGAUCCUUGUCCCAACCUUGUGGACUGCUUUAUCUCUAGACCUACAGAGAAAACUGUGUUCACCAUUUUUAUGAUCUCUGCUUCAGUGAUUUGCAUGCUACUCAAUGUGGCGGAGUUGUGCUACCUGCUGCUGAAAGUGUGUUUCAGAUCAAAAAGAGCCCAGACACAAAGAAACCACCCCAAUCAUGCCCUAAAGGAGAGUAAGCAAAAUGAAAUGAAUGAGCUGAUUUCAGAUAGUGGUCAAAAUAUAACUACUGGUUUUCCCAGUUAGACAUGUCAAAGUGCAAUGUAGCUGGAUCCUAACAAAAUUGGUGUCUGCUCCUAAGGACCCUCUCUCUAAGCUAGAGACUUUGUCUUUAUAAAAUGUCUUUCAUAAUAGAUAGAUCCUGGAGUUAAUGUCUUAUAGAAUAACUGUGUCACUAAUAUACAGCAUGAUCACAUAUGUGGUCCAUCUCUGAAAACUAAGACAGGCUGACAAGUGAACCUUGAAGUUCCUUUCACGUGUCUUUUAAAUGAACCAUCUGACAUAGUGGGUAUUUCUUGAGAAUUUAAGACUGUCACUGUUUUGAAAAAGAAUGUUUAUCUAGAAAUUGAAACUUUUAUUAGUAAAAGAUAUUUUUAUAGGAUUGAAUGUUUUAGUUCUGACUUUAAAUUUAUAUAUUUUUAUAAUGACCAGUCUUCCUUACCUGGAAAAACAUACAAUGUUAGUUUUAGAAUUAUAUCAUCAGAAUCUAAAUUUUGAACUUACUGUAUCUUGUUGUAAAUAGUGUUUUGCAUUAUCUAUUGACAAGUUUAUGAACUAUCAUGAUGCUUUUCGGGUGGAAAGUGUUCAUUGUACAAUAUGUUUCAUGGCUUUCUGAAUGUAGACAGAGCUGUAUGGAAAUGGGAAGCUUUUUAAAACCAGCCCAUUUACCAGAGUUGUGAGCUCCCCUCAAUAAAGAUGAGCCCCACUGCUUAAGCUUU